AUUUUCUGCGACGGGUAGAUAGCUCUUGUGUGAAAAGUCCAAAUUCAACCGGACAAAAUGGGAGACACUUCGAACAGAGGCAAAUACACCAAUCCCGAAGGCUCGGCUACGUGGGAGUACCUAUCGACCGUGGGAUGUGCCCUCCUUACAUUUUGUAUCGGUUGCAUAUGCGGUUGGAGUUCACCGAGCUUGGCCAUACUGAGGAAGCCCGAUUCGCCAAUCACCCUCAGUGACGAGGAUGCGUCUACUAUGUCAGCCUUAACUGCUAUAGGUCACAUGCUGGCGCCCGCAAUAAUCAUUCUGACGACUGACAGACUUGGCCGAAGAAUCAGCCUGCUGGCUUCUGGUCUCCCAAUGUUGAUCUGCUUCGGGCUCAUCAUAGUUGCCAAAGAUUCUUCGGUAAUCUUGUUGGGAAGAUUUUUCGGUGGUAUUUCCCUUGGCUUCGGGACGGCCGUUGUACCGAUGUAUCUCGGUGAAAUUGCGUCACCCAAGUUACGAGGGGCGAUAGGAAUCACCAUAAGCACAACGAUAUCCGGCGGGACACUGUUCAUGUCCAUUAUCGGGCCGUAUCUGUCAUUAAAAACUACGGCUUACGUGACAUUGAGCUUCGGUAUUGCCGCUUUGGGCGGCUUGUGGUUCGUUCCAGAGUCCCCGUACUUUCUUGUGAUGGUUGGUAAGAUGAAGCAAGCAGAGCGCACCCUGGAGAAGCUUCGCGGUAAGACGGAUGUCUCGGAAGAGAUGAACCUGAUCAAGAAAACCAUCGGUUUCGAGAAUAACGCUGGGAAGGGGUGGGAAAGAAGAAGAAAUAAGCCAAACCUAAAUGUAAUCAACGCCCUUAAGCAGCUCGUCACAGUGUCGAAAAAUUUGAAAGCACUCAUAAUUAACUUUCUAUUUAUAUUUGUAUCGCAUUUUGGUGGAUGUACGGCCAUAUUGGUAUACGGGCAGAUAAUAUUCGCGGACAUGAAAACUGCCAUCCCCGGUCACGUAUGCUAUAUCAUACUUGGUAUCCUCCAGUUCAUCAGCACCUUUCUGGCUGUGUUCAUCGUUGACAGAAUUGGUCGGAGGCCUCUCAUCUUUAUCUCGGGCAUAAUUAGUGGCACUUGCUUCCUUAUUGUCGGUGUCUACUUCUGGCUCAUGGAGUACGGUCACAUGGACGUUGUUUCGUACUCGAUGAUCCCUUUCUGCGCCUUGCUAGCUGGAAUGGGUACUUUGAGCAUUGGUAUACUGCCAGUAACGUUAGUCGUACAGUCCGAAACGCUCGACACCGAUAUCAAGGCAAUUGCAACCUCCUUGCUAGGUGUUGGCAGUGGAUUGCUGGCGGCCAUCACUUUAAAGUACUACCUCAUGAUUGCAACGGUCUGGAACUUCGGUCACUCGGUACCCUUCACUGUUUUUGCCUUAUGCAUCUGGUUCUCCACAGCAUUCAUACUAAAACUACUUCCUGAAACGAAAGGCCGAACCUUCCUCGAGAUCCAAACAAACCUGGCCGCCUGCGCCAUGUUAUUUUUUGCCAUUGGAUUUGUGCCAGGAUGGAAUGCACCGACCCUAAACAUGCUUCAGAAACCGGGCUCUCCAAUAACCAUCAAUGGUUCGGACGUAUCUAAUAUAUCAGCCGCAAUGGGUUUCGGUUACAUGUUUGCUCCUACACUCACCGUACUGAUCACUGACAAGCUUGGCAAGAAAAAGUCUCUUCUAAUUGCCAUCGCAGUAACGAGCACCAACUGGGGGUUGAUUGCAAUCGCUCAAACCGUUAAUAUUCUAAUCGUGGCGAGAUUCAUCAGUGGUUUCGCGAUGGGCAUGAUUCUGGGCAUCGCACCUAUGUACCUCGGGGAAGUAGCUUCAGUGAAAAUUCGCGGAGCAAUAGGAAUGGUCUGCAGUGUGACGAUGAACGCUGGCAUACUAUUCACCUUCGUUGUGGUACCGUACCUGUCCGUACGAAUGGUAGCUUAUAUAUCCCUGACUUUGAUCACCUUGGCCGCGAUGUGUAUCCUGUUCAUCCCCGAGUCCCCGUACUUUCUUGCAAUGGUUGGCAGGAUCGCGGAAGCCGAGGUCGUUCUGGAAAAGCUUCGCGGUAAAUCGGACGUGACAGAGGAACUGGAUCUGAUAAAGAAUACCGUCACCGAUAUGGACAAAGGUGCGAAGAAGCUGAAUAAGGGCAACGAGCCAAGGGCACCAAAGACAUUUGGCAUCUUCGAGCAAAUCAAGCAAAUCGUGACUGUACCUGGUAACCGAAAAGCAUUUUUUAUCAACUUCUUGGUUAUGACAUGGAUGGAGUUCGGUGGUUACAUCGUUAUCAUGAUAUUUUGCACGUUUCUAUUCGAUGCGAUGCACUCUAAGAUUUCCUCCUAUACGUCGACGAUCAUUCUCAGUGCGUGUCAACUCGUUUCCAAUGUCUUCACGGCCUUCGUGAUAGACAGAGUCGGGCGCAGGCCUCUGAUCGGUAUUUCAGGGGUUCUAAGCGGCGCUUGCCUCAUGAUCAUCACUGUGUACUAUUUCCUGAUGGAAUACACUGGAAUAGACUCCUCUCCGUAUUCAACUUUGGCCGUUUGCGCGAUGUACGUCAACAUAAUCGUGUUGAGCAUCGGUCUGGUACCACUGCAGACGAUCCUCAUGAGCGAGACAAUUGCUUCUGAAGUUAAAACGCUGGUGAGCAAUAUAAUCAUCUCGAUGGGCGGCCUACUCGGUUCCGCUGCGAUGAUGUUUUACAAACAGACUUCGGAAAUCUGGGGAUUAGGCAACUCUGUGCCUUUCUUUGUCUUUACCAUCACUACUUGGUUCAGCACGAUGGCCAUCAUGAUGUUGCUACCCGAAACGAAAGUUGCGACGUUGGCUUUCGUCUUUGGCCAAAUGAUGGGAUGGAAUGCGCCCAGCGUGGUGGAACUCAGGGCUCGAAAUUCGACAUUCCAAAUAACAGAUGAACAGGAAUCCACUUUGGGGGCAUCAAUGGCGAUAGGUCAAUCAAUAGCACCUCCAUUCGGCAUAUUCAUAUUCGGCAGUAUCGGCAGUAGAACUGGUAUACUGAUUUCUGCGAUUCCAAUAGCCGUAAGCUGGAUGGUGAUUCUACUGGCCAAAAAUAUUACGGUCUUAAUUGUGGCAAGGAUAAUAAGUGGAUUCGGGGUGGGUCUAUCGAUGUGCGUGAUUCCCAUGUACACCGGUGAAGUUUUAUCGAAACAUUUACGCGGCACGCAGGGCACCAUCACAAUAGUCAUGUACAACGUUGGGAUGCUCUUCAUUCUCGCAACCGGACCAUACUUUGGAAUUCAAAUCUCGGCAUUGAUCGGCCUUAUUUUGACUAUAGCCUUCUUCGUUAGUUUCUGGUUUGCCCCGGAGUCCCCGUACUUUCUCGUCAAAGUUGGCAAGAUUGAGGCAGCUGAAGCAGCCCUCGAAAAACUUCGCGGGAAAACGGACGUGACGGAUGAGAUUGCACUGAUCAAAGCCACGAUCGAGCAUAAGGGAAAGACUUUGCGAGAAACAAACGUACGUGAGAAAAGUGUUUCUUCGAAAAAAUUGAAUGCGUUUCGGCAACUUUUCACAAUUCGUGGGAAUAUCAAGGCGUUCGGUAUUUCGAUGACAUUGUCGAUAAUGGUGCACUUCUCUGGAAUUUCGGGGUUAACAAACUACUGUAACUAUAUUUUCACGGACAUGGGUUCUAAGAUGGAUGUGAAAAAUAGCGUUACAUUGUUUGGUGUUAUUCAAGUAAUCAGCGGCAUCGUAACUAUAGCCAUCGUCAAUAGGAUCGGGCGCAGGCCAAUACUCUUUAUCUCAGCCGCAAUAAGCUCAUUUUCUCUUCUUGUAAUCGCCGGUUACUUUUUUCUCUUGGAUCACAUGGGACUGGACAUGAAGCCAUACUAUAUAAUCCCGUUCGGCACUGUCUUCAUCUACGUGAUGGCUGUGAACGUCAGUGCCAUCACUGUUCCCGGGAUCAUAAUAUCCGAGAUAUUCGCCACUGACGUCAAAUCACUCGCCUCCUGCUUGUACUCCAUGUUAGGUGGAAUGAUGGCAUUUAUUUCUCUCAAAGCCUACAUGUUCAUUUAUAAGACUUUGGAUCUGGGUCAGUCAGUGCCAUUUUUCAUUUACGCGUUGAUGACAAUCAUCUGCUUAAUACCUCUCGUGCGUCUGCUUCCCGAAACGAAAGGCAAGACUUUCUUAGAAAUCCAAAAGAAACUGAACGCUUAAUUCACCCGAUGAAUGACAACAAAUAACAGUGGCCGAAGCAGGUUUCCUCGCUUUACAAUGUAUCAGCUGUACCUCGGAGUUCGUAAUUAUACUAAAUUCACGAUCGAUCUGAAAUAAUAUAUUCGUUCACGCUGGAAUGUAUGAUAUCCUAUGAUUGAAACGACAUCGAUGGGCAAUGUGAAUUAAUAUUUGAAACAGAACUACGCCAUUCCAUUCGUCAAAUUGUUAAUACAAGCAAUUGUGACCGGAGUGAAAAGAGGCCUAAUAACAGAUGAAAUUACACAUCAGUGCAAACUCAAUAUCUCAGGUCAAGGAAACAGCCCUGGAAGUUUAAGCAAAAUCCAUGAUCGAGAGACAUGUCACUCUCCUUGCGAGUUGACUUGGUUUUUACUUUCAAUAAACUUGAAGCCUAUUCGCCUCACUA